AUGGAUCCACUUCAAGAAGCAUUAAAAACAAAAGAGAAACAAAUUUUCUUUACAAUACCACCCAGAUAUGAACAGAUAUUUAAACAAAGAGAAUAUGAUCUGGAGUACUUUGGACUUACUCUUAUGCAAAGAGCUGUAGCUUUUAUAAUUUUUUUUGUCAUUGGGCUUUUAUCAUUCUUUUAUGCUAUGGUGAAAGUGUUUACUGCUGUAAUUUAUCCUGCUCAAUUUGCUCUUCCUUAUGCUUUUUCUAACUUUGUAUUUUUCUUUAUGUUUGGAUUUAUUCUUGGCUUUAGGUCUUACAUUUCGAAUUUGUUCUCAGAAAAAAAGCGAGUCUACACUUCUUUUUUUAUUUUAAGUACUUUUACGACAAUUUAUACGACACUUACUAUGGGACAUUAUUUUAUUAAUUUGUUAUUCUGUGUUAUUCAAGUCAUUUCAUUUAUUAUUUUCGCUAUAACAUUUAUUCCUGGUGGUACGCAUGGUAUUUCAAGUAUGAUUUCUUUAGUAUUAAGAAAAUGA